CUUGGCUAUUUGGGACAUGCAAUCCGUCUUCGGAAUCCUUCGCGGCAUCAAAUCUCAGGCCAAACACAGCAACCCAAGCCAGAAGCUCCACAAUAUGCGCUCGGCUCCAUCAGCAUGGGAUUCCUAACGCCCUGCUUAUCUUUGCCCAGACGGCGCCACGUUCAGCGUUGGGGGCACAGCAGCGUCGUAUGUAUCGAAGUAGAAGGCGAACCGGGUUUGACGGCGCAUCAAUCUCGGUCCCUGGAAAUUGGCCGGAUGGUGUGAGGAAAGGCGUUGAAAGAUAUAUAUCCGCUGGAGAGCCCCUGCACUUCUUGUCUUCUCUUUCCAGAACACCCCUGAGGUUCCAGUCAUAGUCGAUACACUGACACCCCUACACCAUGGAGGUACCACCCACUCCUGAGUUCGACCCGGCGAAGCCCAAUGGCGGCAACCCAGAUAUCGAAAAUGUCAACCUUCAGUACACUGGCCUGGAGUUCCACUACAUCUACCUUAUGAUCAUGGCUUUCCUUGUGUUUUUGAUUAUACCUGGAAUCGGGUUUCUUUACUCCGGUCUUGCUCGCCGCAAGUCGGCACUUUCUAUGCUCUUCCAGUCGUUCGCGGUCAUGGGAGUAGUUACAUUCCAGUGGAUGUUCUGGGGUUAUUCGCUCGCAUACUCUCGCUCGGCCAGUCCCUUCAUUGGCAACAUGGACAACUUCGGAUUAAAGAAUGUCAUGUCGGCACCCUCGCCGGGCUCAUCAUUUCUACCUGAGAUCGUGUUCUGCCUUUACCAGAUGCUUUUCUGCGCAUGUACUGUACAGCUUGUUAUUGGUGGAUCUUUUGAACGCGGUCGCAUCCUGCCGUCAAUGGUCUUCGCCUUCUGCUGGGCAACUAUCGUGUACUGCCCAAUCGCUUGCUGGACCUGGAAUGCAAAUGGUUGGCUUUUCAACCUUCCCUCUCUAGACUUCGCAGGUGGCGGCCCCGUUCACAUUGCAUCCGGCUGGUCUGCCCUCGCCUACGCCUUCGUCCUCGGCAAACGCCUUCACAAGGGCGACAAGAUCCACGGAAAAGCUCAUAAUCCUACACUCGUCUUCAUCGGCACUGUCUUCAUCUGGUUUGGCUGGUUCGGCUUCAACGGAGGUAGUGCUCUUAACGGCACCGUGCGCUCGAUGUUGGCUGCCUUCAACACCAACACUGCGGCCUCCUUCGGAGUUCUCGGCUGGGUGUCGGUUGAGUACGUCCGUACCAAAGGUCACUUCUCUGUGGUCGGUGCUUGCUCUGGAGCUAUCGCUGGUCUUGUCGGCAUUACUCCUGCUGCAGGUUAUGUCUCUGUGUGGAUAGCCGCCCUCAUCGGUUUUCUCACUGCUGCGAUUUGCUCUCUUUGCCAGAAUGUCGAUAAGUGGAUCAAGAUCGACGAGGGCAUGGAUGUCUUCAAGCUCCACGGAAUCGGUGGCAUGGUUGGCUCCUUCCUCACUGGUAUUUUCGGCCAAGCCUGGAUCUACGACCUCGAUGGUAUGGGUCCGUAUGACGGCCUCGGAGGCAUGGAUGGUGUAGGUGUGCAAAUCGGUCGCCAAUUGGCUGAGAUUGUCGCCAUCGCCUCUUACUCUUUCGUCGUCUCUUGUAUUCUCUUGUACAUCUUGAAGUUCAUUCCUGGCAUGCAUCUCCGCGUCAACUCAGAGGCUGAGAUGAUGGGUCUGGAUCUCGACCAGUUUGGAGAUGAGCAGAUCGGUGAUUGGAGUCUCAUGGAGCAGAACCACUACGAGGCGAACGUCAGUAGCUCGAGCAGCCAACAUGUUCCCACAUCGGUUCCUGCGGCAGCAGUCGGUAAGCAGGCGUAGUGUGUGAGGGGUAUAUGCUCGAUUUGAAACUUAUGCCAGUACAUCCGCAAUAGCCUAUCCAAAUUGCAUAAUACGGCGGAACUUAGCAGUAGACUUCCGGCCGU